AUACUACCAUUGUGGCGGACUUCUGCUGAACCCGGACCUGUACGAGAGCGAGAAAGUGUGCCUGAGCCUUCUGAACACCUGGUGGGGCAAGGGGUGCGAGAAGUGGGGCAAGUGGCAAGUCGAGCUCCACCAUGCUGCAGGUUCUGGUCUCCAUCCAGGGCCUCGUGCUGAAUGACAGGCCAUACUUCAAUGAGCCAGGAUACAAGAACUCGGCUGAAACGACAGGUGGUGAGAGGUGUUCCUUGGCUUACAAUCAGACGGCCUUCGUCAGAUCAUGCAAGACGAUGCUGUAUUCACUCCGGAAGCCUCCAAUGCAUUUUGAGACCCUUGUGUUGUGGCACUUCCACGAGCAUGAGCGUGCCAUCCUCGACGCUUGCAGGGCUUACAUGUCUGGGACAGUCGUUGGGUCGUCUGCUGGGACUGGGAGCAACCGCAGAUACGUCCAUGACAAGUGCUUUGCAGAAUUCCACAAGUCGUUGACGCUCUACACUGAACAUCUCAGGGCUGAGUUUGCUGCAAACAGAAGACGAGUGAUUGAGCUGGAAACAAAUCGAGCGGUUACACUUAUGGUGGAGCAGCAAAAUCUGGCUCACAACAAAUGA